CUAACUAGGAACGGCCCAAAUCCAUCCCUAACAUAGCCCUUCCGAGGACAGGUGCCGUCGCAGUCGAAACCAAUCGGUCGAGUUGUUCGCGAACGUUGUUUCCAUCCGUGGAUUGAACCCUUUUUGCAGAUACAUAUAUGGUGCAACAGUAGCUGCAGUUGCACGUGUGGCAGCAUUACUUUGGAGCAAUUAAAAAAGGGCUCCGUGUGCGUGUGUGUGAGUGAGUGACGUUCAUUUUGCAAUCCUAGUGACUCAAUUACGCUUCACAAAGUAAUAGAAAAAAAACCGCCCGAGUCAUGGCGCGCGGUGAAGGCAAAGGCGAAAGUGUUGCCAGACUGUCGAACCAAAUCGCCUGCAUCAAGUACACGCUGUUCUGCUUCAACAUUGUCGCAUGGAUUGUCGGUGCUGGCCUGUUUGCGUUCACCAUCUUCAUCCGAGCUGAGCCCGGAUUCGACGAAUGGAUUGCCAUCCUCAACAUCUACGAGUACUACAUCGGUGUGUACAUCCUGAUCGCGGCCGGCGCAUUGGUCAUGAUCUUCUCUUUCCUCGGUUGCUGCUCCGCACUGAUGGAGCACUCAUCUGCGCUCUACCUGUUCAUCGGCACGCAAGUGUUUCUGUUCCUGCUCUCCGUCAUCGGGUCGGCCGUCCUGCUCGACUACUCGACAAUGAACUCCAGCAUCCAGCCGCUGAUCCGUGAGACAAUGAUGCGUUUUAUCAUCACCUCCGAGCAUCCACACUCAUCCACCGCCCUGAAGCUCAUCCAGGAGAGCAUCGGUUGCUGCGGUGCGGACGGACCGAACGAUUACAUGGUGAUGCGUCAACCCUUGCCAUUCGAGUGCCGUGACAGCGUCACCGGAAACGCGUUCUUCAACGGGUGCGUGAACGAGCUGACCUGGUACCUGGAGGACAAGUCCGUGUGGGCCGCCAUCAUGGCGAUGAUUUUGGCCGGUGUCCAUACAUGCAACGCCGUGCUGGGAAUCGUGUUGGUCCAGGCGCUGAGACGCGAAGAGGAAGCCAUGAACCGACGCUAAGCGGCCAGCCCAUUCGAUAGCCGGAACGUGUGUCUGCCAGCCGCCAGCCUUGUGUUCCGGACGUCGAGCGACAGCAGAGAAGAAAGCAAAAAAAAACCGGAAUCCUGAAUUUUUCCCUUCUCUCAAGCCCACACAAAAAAAAUACAGGUAGCACCAGAGAAGCACAGAGCUAUGACACACCGAAGGAUCGCUUUUUUUUUCGUUUUCGUUCCAUGGUAACCAUUUCCAGCGGCAAUAAGCGGGAGGCCGGAGUAGAAUGUGGGACACAUUCACCUUACGUUACGUUACGAGUGUAGGACCUAGAGAUUAAUCGAACAAUGUCGGCAAUUUCAUGUUUGAAACUGGAUAAUAAAGGCAUAGGAUUAG